AUGCUUUUAGCUUACCACGUUAUCGUGUGGUCGGCUUUGAAUCUGCGGGUCAUCAUUGAGAACACAUUUCUUUUGGCUGUUUUAUCGACUGCGUACGCUCUAGGGUUCAUGUACAUAAUCAUGGCUUGGGACAUGGCUAACGUGGUUUCUGUGCUAGAAGAUGUUUAUGUUAUUAAAGCUAUCAUGAAGAGUAAUGGUUUGAUUAAGCAUAACAUCGGGACCGUGGUAUUCAUCUCCUACGUGUUUGCCUAUUUCUAUUUGGUUCUGCAGCUACCGAUCCUACUCUUCGUUGGGUUCGAUGUUGUUGUGAGAGAAAGAGUGCUUCGAAUAGGAAUCGGAGUGGCGUGCUUCUCGUUGAUGUCAAUGGUAGUGAUGUACUUCGUCUGCAACUCUAAUGUCGGCCCCCAUGAGAACAUCGACAAGUCUUUCUUGGCUGAGCACCUCCAGGCGUAUCUCGGAGGAGAGUAUGCGCCUUUGAAGAUCAAUGGUGAUGUUGAGAUUGUAUAA